GCCGGCGCCGGUUGAGGUCGCAACUUCAACGUACACCAAUUCACAACACCACGUAAUCUCGAGUCCCCGCUGGCGCAUCCCUCUCCGACCCUCCAAUCGUUCACGACCAAUUGCAGCGCCAGGUCUGGUAACCACCAUCGCAUCGACAGGCAGAGGCCACGUUUAGUGGAGCAAGAGCGGGACACUUUAUUCGAACUAAGGGAGAGCUCGCAGUGAGAGCUGCACCUCGAGCCACAACAUGGACAAGAAGCAGGAGGAUGUUGGCGGCGUCGCCCAGAUCGACAAGACCACCGUGUUCCAGGAUGCCCGCGUCUUCAACCAGAGCCCCAUAUCACCAAGAAAGUGCAGAGUGAUCCUCACCAAGCUUGCACUGCUCCUGUUCACGGGCGAGAGCUGGGGACGCCAGGAAGCUACAACACUCUUCUUCGGUAUCUCGAAGCUGUUCCAGAACAAGGAUGCAUCUCUCCGUCAGAUGGUCUACCUGGUCAUCAAGGAGCUCGCUGGCUCCGCCGACGAUGUUAUCAUGGUCACAUCUUCCAUCAUGAAGGACACCUCUGUGGGCAGCGAUGUCGUCUACCGCGCCAACGCUAUCCGUGCUCUAUGCCGUGUCAUCGAUGCCUCCACCGUGCAAGCGAUCGAGCGUCUCGUCAAGACGUGCAUUGUCGACAAGAACCCCUCCGUAGCCUCUGCCGCGCUCGUUUCCUCGUACCACCUCCUCCCAGUCGCAAAGGACGUUGUUCGCAGAUGGCAGUCUGAGGCCGCUGAGGCCGCUUCUGGAGCCAAGUCUGGUGGAUUCUUUGGUGGAUUCGGCGGCAGCUCUCAGACCGCUCUGCAGGCCAGCACAAACUACAUGACACAGUACCACGCCAUUGGUCUGUUGUACCAGAUGCGCUCUGGCGACCGAAUGAGCUUGGUCAAGAUGGUGCAGCAGUACUCAGCUGCUGGUGUGGUCAAGAGCCCGGCUGCGACAGUUCUGCUCGUCAGGUUGGCUGCUAAGUUGGCUGAGGAGGACCCCAACCUGCGAAAGCCCAUGAUGCAACUCCUCGACGGCUGGCUGCGCCACAAGUCCGAGAUGGUCAAUUUCGAGGCUGCAAAGGCCAUCGCCGACAUGCGCGACGUUACCGAUGCCGAGCUCGUUCAGGCCGUCCACGUCCUUCAGUUGUUCCUCACAUCGCCUCGCGCUGUCACAAAGUUCGCUGCGCUCAGGAUACUGUCGCAGAUGGCUUCGUUCAAGCCUGACGCUGUUCGCACAUGCAACCAGGAUAUCGAGUCGCUCAUCACCAACUCCAACCGUAGCAUCGCUACAUUCGCCAUCACUACACUGCUCAAGACGGGUAACGAGUCGUCGGUGGAUAGGCUCAUGAAGCAGAUCACCGGCUUCAUGGCUGAGAUUACAGACGAGUUCAAGGUUACCAUCGUGGAGGCUGUACGCACGCUGGCCCUCAAGUUCAAGGCUAAGCAGUCCGGCUUCCUGGCUUUCCUCAGCGGCAUCCUGCGCGACGAGGGAGGCUACGAUUUUAAGCGAUCCGUUGUCGAAGCCAUCAUGGACCUCAUUCGCUUCGUGCCUGAAGCCAAGGAGGAUGCUCUUGCGACCCUCUGCGAGUUCAUUGAAGAUUGCGAGUUCACCAAGCUUGCUGUCCGUAUCUUGUUCGUGCUUGGUCGCGAAGGUCCUUCGACGCCCCACCCCACCAAGUACAUUCGAUACAUCUACAACCGUGUGGUCCUGGAAAACGCCAUCGUCCGAGCUGCUGCCACCUCCGCGCUGGCUAAGUUUGGUGUCGGCCAGAAGGACCCUGAGAUCAAGAAAUCGGUGCACGUCCUUCUCACCCGCUGUCUCGACGAUGUCGACGACGAGGUCCGUGAUCGUGCUGCGUUGAACCUUCGAUUGAUGGACCAGGAUGACGACUUGGCUGUCAGCUUCAUUCGCAACGAUUCCAUGUUCUCCCUGCCCGUUCUUGAGCACCAGCUUGCGAUGUACGUCAGCUCUGACUCUCGCGACACUUUCGAGACUGCCUUCGACAUCACAAAGAUCCCCACCGUCUCGCGCGAACAAGCAGAUGCUGCGGAUCUCUCCAAGAAGACUGAAGGUGCUACACCAACCAUCAAGGCCCCCAGUGCUGCGAAGGCUCCAUCAAAGGCUGGCGCCUCGGCAGCUGCAUCCGCCGCAAACAAUGCUCAAAAGUACCAAGAAGAGCUGCAGAAGAUUCCCGAGCUUGCGGCGCAUGGUGGUGUACUCAAGUCGAGCGAGGUCAUUGAGCUCACCGAGACAGAGACCGAGUACGUUGUUACCGCUAUCAAGCACGUCUUCAAGGACCAUGUGGUUCUUCAGUACGACAUCAAGAACACCCUCCCCGACACAGUCCUCCUCGAUGUCGAGAUGGUGGUCGCGCCAGAGGACGAUGGCGAUGUUCAAUUAGAGGAGGAGUUCAUCAUCCCGGCGCCGAAACUCGCCACAAACGAGCCCGGCACUGUCUACGUUUCUUUCAAGCGCCUCGAGACCGAAUCACAAUUUAUUGCCACCACCUUCACCAACGUGCUCAAGUUCACAAGCAAGGAGAUCGACCCAAGCACGAACGAGCCCGAGGAGGGCGACGGGUAUCCUGACGAGUACCAGGUUGAGGACUUGGAUCUCAACGGUGCUGACUACGUUGUUCCAGCGUACGCUGGCAGCUUCGACAACGUGUGGGAUCAGGCCAACGGUGACUCUGCAACAGAAACAUUGCAGUUGAGCGAGAUGAAGAGCAUAUCAGAUGCAACAGAACAGCUCACAAAGACGCUGAGCUUGCAACCACUUGAGGGCACAGACGUUGCGCUUUCAAACACCACACAUACCCUCAAGCUUUACGGAAAGACAAUAACUGGUGGCAAGGUUGCCGCUAUGAUUAGGAUGGCAUUCAGCGCGAGAACAGGUGUCACAAUGAAGAUUGAUGUCAGGAGCGAAGAGGAGGGUGUUGCGGCGCUGGUAGUCGGCAGCGUAGCAUGAGUAUUCUAGACGUGGGUAUCGGAAAAGGUGAAAUGACCAUUAGCAUGAAAGAGCCAUUCUUGAAGCCAAUAAUCC